AUGCAUGAUCUGUUCAACUGGCAACUGGACGCGUGUCACCCGCCAUUCAGACCCUGCCGUGAGCAACUGGCACGGUUCCCCGAAGUGUCUGCUGCCGUUGCUGCGGAGGUCAUGAAUGUGGCGGUUGAAGAUUUCGAACACCAACACUUCUUGGUUGAUUUCGUUUCAGAGUGUGUGCCUGCUGGGAAAGCUUGGUAUCCGAUGCGGGAUCCUGUGGAACAAAUGGUACGAGUACUGGAAGGUAAAAGCAAAGAGCAUCUUGUGAAAGACGGAGAAGAGGAUUACCUUGAAGAAGCAAAGGAUUGGUUAGAAGUUCUGAGGAAGUGGGAGAGCAAUAACUAA